AUGGUACCCACACCCGACCUGCUUAGAGCUUUUCUGUUCUACUGCUACCGUCAGGGGGUGUCCCUCGAUCAGGUGAAGAAGAUCCGUUCGGCAGCUAGUAAUUAUUAUCGUUCCGACGGCCUUACCGAGAUUCCUCCGUCGGCCUGGCGCCACGCUAUCCAAGCCCAAGAUCAUCGCCCCUUGGAUCCUCCAGCUCCUUCAAGCAGAGGAUGUCGAUGCACGUUGGCGCCACUUCUGGUCACCUACUGGCUAAUCGGAGCACGUCGGGCAGCCAACAAGACUCUUGGUCCAAACUCUUUCAUCUUUGAGCCCGUCAAUCGCGUUCGGAUUGUGAACCUCUACAAAUCCAAAGUCAUCGCCCGUCCUGUCGACCAGCUGACUUUCGACUUCUUUUACGCACACUUACUUGAUGUAGUGGACACCCGUAGUGUCCCACUAAGCCCGGCCAUGGUUCUCAAUACCAUGAACGACUCUGAGAGCAUCACACUAGUGCGUAGAGAGUUUGUGCGUGCAGGAUUGGCACGCACAGUCACAGAUUAA